AGGAGCUCAGUCAUACCUGAAUAUGAUUACUUCAUUUUCAAUCACUGUGUUUUUAGUUGUGUCGUUGGGACUGUGUCAGGGUCAGGAUGGGCUGUUUCCUCCUGGACCUGUGGAUGGAGCAGUGGGAGACAAAGUUCUGUUCAUCACCACCAUCACUCCAUCAUCAACUCCACUCCUGACAGUGACCUGGUCUUUUAAUGGUGUUAAUAACAUCAUCAGAUAUGACUCCUCUGGUAACACUUCAGAUCCUGCCUACAGAGACAGAAUCACUCUGAACAUUUACACUGGAACUCUGGAACUCAGAGAUUUAACUCAGGACGAUUCUGGAACUUACCAGCUGGCUAUAGUAACUGCUGAAGGAAUCGCACGACAAGACCAGACAACACUGGAUGUGGUUGAGGGAAUAUCUGGAGUUUCCCUCAAUGUUACCCCAGAAUGCCUAAAGGAAGGUCAAAGUUCUGCUAAUUUAACCUGUGAGGGAACUGGCUCCGUCAUCACCACAGAAUGGAUGAAGGAUGGUCAACCUCUGUCUCCUAGCAAUAACAUCAUCUUCUCUGCUGAUCUGAGAUCAGUGUCCAUCAGUCCAGUGAGGAGAUCAGACAGUGGAGAAUACCAGUGUAGACUCAGUAACCCUGUCACCUCUGGCACUGCAACCUACACAAUGACUGUCAACUAUGGACCAGAGAACGUAGCCAUCAGUGGACCGAAUGAGGUGGAGGUGGGGUCAAAGGUGAGUCUGACGUGCUCUGCUGAAUCCACACCUCCUGCCUCCUUCAUCUGGAUGUUGAAUGGAAGAGAAACAGGAGAAACUACAGCCUCAUAUUCCAUAGAGAAUUUUAACUACACAGACAGUGGGAAUUACACCUGCACAGCCUGGAACAGUGUCACCUCACUCAACACAACAGUUCACCAUCAUUUAACAGUUAAAGAUGAGGGGUCUCUCGGUGGAGGAGGAGGGGGUCUCUCUGGAGGAGCUAUUGCUGGAAUUGUUAUUGCUGUGAUAAUCGUCAUAGGAGGAGUCGCUGGCCUGGUGUUUUACUUUAUUAAAAUUAGAUGAUUAUGAGUACACUUCAUUUAUUCCACACUGUUAUCUGCUUUAUGAACAAUACUUGCACACAGCAGUCCACAUACUACAGUUCCCCUCUCACAGUGUGAAGACAGUCACUGCAUCAUUGUGUACUGUGACAUGUGUAAUACUAGACCUAAUGAUGAACACUGUUCACUCAGAGAGUGUUCUGACUGUAAAUAUUUGUUUGUAAAUUUGAUUUAAUUUCAGUGAAAAAGAGCAUAAAUGAAUGAGCAUAAAUGAUGUUUGUGUGAAGGAUCAUAAAAAAUGACAGCUUCUUAUUAAAA